AUGAUUCGAUCUAAAUCUAUAAUACUUUAUACUAUACUUUUUUUAUUUUUGAUGUUAUUCCUUUUAUUUUAUAUACUUGGAAUUGCUCGUUAUGUUACGGAUUUUGAAGAAAAUACUUGUGAUAUGACAUACAUGUUUGAAUAUCCACAGUAUGUGAGAAUCUCUCUCGAUAAUGAAAUAGAAGAACGCUAUCCAAGAUAUGGAUUGUACGCAUAUGGAGAAGGUUUUAUUACUGAAAAAUUGAGAAGGAUGUAUUUCUCAGGAAUACCAGUACUUUUUAUACCAGGCAAUGUUGGAUCUCAUGAACAAGUAAGGUCUCUUGCUUCUGUGAGUUUAAGGAAGAGCUUAAAAGAGAGGACUCCAUUUCAUUUUGAUUAUUUUACUGUUUCAUUAGGCAAAGAUUAUUCUGCUUUAUAUGGAGGUGUACUAAUGGAUGAAACAGUAUAUGUUUCAUAUUGUAUACAAAAAAUAUUAAGUUUAUAUAAAACUAAUGUGAAGAACAUUGUGCUUAUUGGACAUUCAAUGGGAGGUGUUAUAGCUAAAGGUUCUAUUCUAUUAACAUCAAAUGUAAAUACUAGUGUUGCAAAUAUUAUUAUUACUUUAGCUACUCCUCAUACUCCAACUUUAGUGUUAGAUAGUGCUGUUGCCACUUAUUACCGCAAUUUAGAAAAUCAUUUAAAUGAAAUAAAAGAUGCAGGAGUAAGUGUAGUAUCAAUAGGAGGAGGACCUCGAGAUACACUUAUAACUCCAACACAAAUUAUAGACUCUGCAGCUGACAUUAAUGUUAUUUCUAAUACUAUACCAGAUGUUUGGAAAUCCACAGAUCAUUUAAGUAUUCUAUGGUGUAAACAAUUAGUACUCUGUAUUGUACGUUCAUUAUUUGAUUCUGUCAAUUAUAAUCAAAAACCACCUAACAUUUUCUCCAAAACAGAAGAAAGAAUGCAGGCCUUAUCUUAUCAUUUUUAUCAGCAUGCUUCAGGAAAAAGAUUACAUUUUUAUAAAGAAACAGUACAAUUCGAACCUGGUGGUGAAUGGAUAGAGAAUAUUCAAAAACAUUAUGUAUGGACUAACAAAAACUUAUCUAAAAGAACAUCCUCUAUUUACCUUAUGAUUAGAUUAAAUGGCCAACCAAAUUAUCUAACUAUUGAUACUGUAAAUCUAGAAUCUAAAGAUUGGCUAUUUACAUGUACAGCAUCUAGAAUAGAAGGACAAUCAAGAGUUUGUAAUUGGGGAUGGAACCUGACAAACAGAACAAGAAUUUUACCAGAUCCUUUACAUCGUUUAAGAAAAACUGUUGAUUUAAAUCUUCAAGAAAUAAAAUAUCCUGGUGUAACACAUAUUGUAAUAAGAAUUACACCAGAUGAUUUAGAGAAAUAUGUUGCAGUAAACGUUGAUUUGUAUUCUUAUGAAGCAAGGCUUGUACCUACUUGGGGUAGUUUACCUUUGUUGAAAAGUUUAUUCAUAAAACCUCAAAUCAAAAUAUCUAAUCUUGGGCAUAUCAGAUAUUAUGCUACUUUUGAUAGCAUUAUGGACGUUGUAACAGUUGAACUUAAGGCAUCUGAAUGCACAGAUCCAAAACAUAAUGCAAUAGUUGAAUUACUAGAACCAUGGAGUAUUGGAGUUACACAAAUUCAGUUUUUCACAAUUGUGGAUAACGGACCGAAAACGAUGAAAAUUCAGACAAAGUAUAAAUAUUCUAAUGUUUCUCAAAAUUUAAGAAUAACUCUGGAUCCUGCAUGUUCUUAUGCAAUUAAUAUUCAGCAAGGUGGUAUUAUAGAUAGGAUAUCUUGUAUUGUACGGGAUCGCUGGUGUCUUCUGUAUACAACAAUUAUUAGUUUACUUUUGUUGUUUUUAUCUGUAAGAAUUAAUAAUGGCCUUGAACAAACACCAAUAAUAGUAAUUACGAUGUUUCUCUCAUUUUGUUAUGAUUUAAUGUUCGAAUGUUUAGUUGCUUUAGCAAUUCUUUGUGUAUUCGUGAUUGGACUAUGUUGUUCCAUUAUAUUCCUUGGUUCAGUGGCCCAUAGUAUUGCUGUUAGGUUUUUAGCACGAGCAAUAACUUUUUCAACAACAUGGUCAGAUUGGUUGCUUGGGGGAUUAAACCAAUUACCAUUUAUUACUGCAAUUCUUGUCGUAUCUUUAAUUCAUGUAACUUGUGGAGCUUUAGCUAUGUUAAUUUCAAUUUUUCUAUACUUUUUAAAUUUGACAAGAAUGUAUGAGGAUUAUUUAGAAGAAUUAUUAAUGGCUUCGUUGCAACAUUUUAAUUGGGUAGGACGAUUCAGAAACAUGAAGAACAAUGCAGAAGAACAUGAAAAUACAAGACAAAAAAUAUUCAAUCAACUUAUUCUUUUCAUACUUUGGUGUUUUAUUGCCAUUCCAGCUGUACCAUCUGUACUUGUUUGGGCAAGGAACUUCAGUUAUGAUAUGAAACUUUCUACAGAAGACCCAUUACUACGUCUUAGUUGGAUAGUUUUAAUAACAUGCAAUACAAUGGGAUGGGUGCAACUUCCUUCUAAUAAUGUUAAAUCUCGAUCCCAAAUAAUGUCCAGUAUAUUAUGUUUCUUAGGUUGGGUUAUACUUUUAAUGGGAGCAGCCCCUCAUCCACCUUUUUAUCAAUAUUAUAUGCCACCAAUUAUAGCUGCUACCUUUGCGUUAAAUUUCAUUUUUUCUUAG